CUUCCGGCUCCCUCGCUCAGUAGUUCCGGGAGGAGUUCCUUAGCAACGGCUGCUGUUGCCGCGUCCCUAGUAACGGCCUGCCAGAUCUCGGGAGGGAGAUGGCAGAGGUAGAAGAAACGUUAAAGAGGAUUCAAGCUCAUAAAGGAGUGAUUGGAACAAUUGUCGUCAACGCAGAAGGAAUCCCGAUCAGAACAACUCUUGACAACUCUACUACGGUCCAGUACGCAGGCCUCCUUCACCAGCUCACAAUGAAAGCCAAGAGCACAGUGAGAGAUAUUGAUCCCCAGAAUGAUCUAACCUUUCUGAGGAUCAGAUCAAAGAAACACGAAAUUAUGGUAGCUCCAGGUAAUAACUCUUUUCUUCCCAAGAAACGUACUGCAGAGACUGCUGUGCCGUGCCAUACCGUGUUCUUUCAACGAUCCAUCGUUCAUCGAUUAAACGCCGAAAACGAGCGCGGAACAGCAACCUUCGAAUCGAGUUCAAAACCACCAGCUCUGCGUCAAUCCAGCGCCCAUAUGAAGUCGCCCCAACCCAGACCGAUAAUCAUCACGCCGACGUUCCAGCAAUAUCGUCAUCACACCAUCAAUCCUGCCGAAGACCCAGUUCCGUCCUGCCCAGCACCGCCCACGACCCGCCAUCCGCCUCCCAACAUCCCACCUGUUUCAUAA